AUGACUACGAAUGGCGCAUUCCAGGGGUUCGUUUCGUCCGGGGAUUCCAUCUACGGCCAUGCCGGUGACAGCGACGUAUCUGAUCCUGCCGCCGGCGACGCAACACCGUAUGAUUCCGCAGCCUUCGCUGUCGCAUCCUAUUCGAUACCAUCACAGACUCAUGCAACCGCAUCUACGGGCGUCGAGAGCCUGGGCAGCAUCACGGCCGCGGUACCUCCUGCAUCUGUGGCGGGCGCUCCACCUACGAAUUUGAAGACGGACUCGGUGUUCGAGGCGCUGCGAUGGUCGGAGGAGAUCGCGCCCUACUUUUCAGACAUACGGGAUAUCGGGAACUGGGUCCACCCGGAACCACCUGCUGCGGAUAAGGUCACGGCGGUGUUCAACUGGAACCAUGGCGGGAAGGAGGUAUACCUCAUAUGCAAAGAGGAUGGCGAGACCAAGAGGCUGCGGAUGUACCGGAACGGAAACAGCUUCAUGUUGGUGCGAGAUGUGCCGAAGGCGCUGAUUGAAUACACCUUUUUGGUGGACGGUAUAGAGCAGUGCGCGCCGGACCAGCCCUUCCAGAGGACGGCGGACGGGGUGAAGAACGUUAUGGACUGUGUCAACGUGCUUCGCGUCGAGUCAGUGGUUGCGGCGGAUGAAGCAGACCCUUUCGAAGGAUACUUUGACCAGUCGUUGCCCGAUCGCAGGUACAUGGCGCAGGAGGCGCAAGUUGUGCCGAAUGCAUUACUCUACCGGUCGCCCAACUUCAGAGACGGGGACCGCGUUGGCAACGACAUCCACGUCAUGGCCAACCACAUAUACGAGGAUACGAUGUCUGACGAUGUCUUGGGCCGCAACUACAGGAGUUACACCAACAUCUACUGCUGGGAGACCAGCAGUGCGGACAUAUCCCUCAGCCGAAAUAGCGCGUCCGUCAUAUACAUAACGAGAGGUCCGCAUGAGCACGAGACUGAGAGCGAGGUGCAAGCUCAGGCUCUGAAGUGGUUCAAUGUGACCGAGUGA